UUCGGAAACAGCACUCGUGUACACACGAGCGUCAUUCUAUCUUUGUUUUAUAUAUAAUGAGUAAUAAAGAUAAAAUAUACACUAGUGAUGUUUCCGAACGCAACUUGAGCCGGCCAGAGUUUGCAACACUGACUGGAAAGCAUCCAUAAGUGAACAGUAAACAAUUUGUAAGCGUUUUAUGUGAUGUGUAUACUUUGUGCGUGAAAAAGCUAUAAAUGUGAGUGUUUUAUAUAACUGCUGGUAUACAUUUGAAUUCGUUAAAUCGGUGAAAACGUCAACAUGAUGCAUAGAAGAGGUGGGAAGCGGAUUCGGAUGGACGAUCCUGUACCGCCAGAAUAUGAAACUCCGAUGACUCCUUCGACGCCUAUGAAUGAUAAUUCUGGUGGAGAUGCGAACGAGUCUUAUAAUGCAUAUAUGUCAUAUAAUCAUGCUUCACAAACACCACUGCACAAUCCAACUCCAGAACAUUAUUCUUCCGAGAGCUAUAGUUCACCAAGUACAUCUCAACAACAAUAUCAGGAACAGUCUGCAAAUUUUGACAAUCAGACACAAUUUGAAGCUCCUAUGACACCCAAUGUUAGAAUAACACGUAAUGCACGUGCUAGAAUGCGUGGAGGUGUAGUGCAGCAACCAAAAUAUAAAGAAAUUGAUACAGAAUAUACUCCAUCUGCUAUCAAAGGGAGAAGUAGUGGUGGACGAGGACGUGGCAAAAAGACACAUCAUUCUCAGAAUUCUGAAGAUGAAGCUAGUCUUUAUUCUAUAAUAAAAAACAAUCGUACAUCACUUACAACCAUUGUUGAUGACUGGAUAGAGAAGUACAAGAGUAACAGAGAAAAUGCAUUGCUUAUGCUGAUGCAAUUUUUUAUCAAUGCUAGUGGUUGCAAAGGUAGUAUCACUCCUGAGAUGCAACAAACUAUGGAACAUGUAGCAAUUAUUCGCAAGAUGACUGAAGAAUUUGAUGAAGAAAGUGGUGAAUAUCCCUUAAUAAUGACUGGACAACAAUGGAAAAAAUUUCGCGCCAAUUUUUGUGAAUUUGUUCAGAUUCUUGUUCGACAGUGUCAGUACUCUAUUAUAUAUGAUCAGUUUUUGAUGGAUAAUAUUAUCUCUUUGUUAACUGGACUCUCAGAUUCACAAGUGAGAGCAUUCAGACAUACUGCAACACUUGCAGCUAUGAAAUUGAUGACAGCGUUAGUAGAUGUUGCUUUAACUGUGUCUAUAAAUCUGGAUAAUACACAACGUCAAUAUGAAGCUGAGCGACAGAAAGCUCGAGAAAAAAGAGCAGCAGACAGAUUAGAAUCUUUGAUGGCAAAACGAAAAGAAUUGGAAGAGAACAUGGACGAAAUAAAAAAUAUGCUUACAUAUAUGUUCAAGUCUGUUUUUGUUCAUAGAUAUAGAGAUACGUUACCCGAAAUACGUGCAAUUUGUAUGGCAGAAAUUGGUGUUUGGAUGAAAAAGUUUCAUCAAAAUUUCUUGGAUGAUUCAUAUUUGAAGUAUAUUGGCUGGACCUUACACGAUAAAGUUGGAGAAGUCAGACUUAAGUGUCUGCAGGCAUUGCAACCAUUGUAUGCUUCGGAAGAGCUAAAAACGAAACUCGAGUUGUUCACAAGCAAAUUUAAAGACCGAAUCGUUGCGAUGACAUUAGAUAAGGAAUACGAUGUGGCUGUUCAAGCUGUAAAGCUGGUUAUUUCAAUUUUAAAACAUCAUAGAGAAAUUCUCACCGAUAAAGACUGUGAGCACGUUUAUGAGCUUGUUUAUUCGUCACAUCGCGCGGUUGCUCAAGCAGCAGGUGAAUUUUUAAAUGAGCGUUUAUUCCGCCCGGAUGACGAAGCUGUAGAAGGUGUUAAGACCAGACGCGGCAAGAAACGAUUGCCGAAUACACCGCUUAUACGCGACCUUGUUCUGUUUUUCAUUGAAUCCGAGUUGCACGAACAUGGAGCGUAUCUAGUAGAUUCUCUAAUUGAGACCAAUCAAAUGAUGAAAGAUUGGGAGUGUAUGACAGAUCUUCUAAUAGAGGAGGCUGGUCCCGACGAAGAAGCGUUAGAUAAUCAGAAAGAAACGUCUCUUAUCGAGUUAAUGGUAUGUUGCAUAAAACAAGCUGCUACGGGUGAAGCACCGGUCGGUCGCGGAUCCACGCGAAAAAUCUUAUCGGUUAAAGAACAGAAACAAGUACAAGAUGAUAAGCAAAGAUUGACAGAACACUUUAUUCAAACGUUACCACUGUUACUUGAUAAGUAUAGAGCAGACCCAGAAAAGUUAGCUAACUUGCUUGCGAUCCCUCAAUAUUUUGAUUUAGAUAUUUACACUAAAUCUAGGCAAGAAAUGAAUCUGGAUUCUUUAUUAAAUAAAAUUCACACCAUUGUGGAAAAAAUGCACGACACUGAAGUUCUAGAUACGGCAGCUAAAACUUUGGAAUAUAUGUGUGCGGAAAGUAAUGCUAUCUUUACCAGAUGUGAUGUCGCUCGUUCUACUUUAAUUGAUUCUAUCGUUAACAAAUAUAAAGAAGCGAUCGACGAGUAUAGAAAUCUAAUUGAAGGUGAUGAAGAACCAGACGAAGAUGAAAUAUUUAACGUUGUACAGUCGCUCAAAAAAGUGUCCAUCUUCUAUUCAUGUCAUAAUAUGAAUCCAUGGGGUAUAUGGGAUUCAUUGUACAAGGACAUUGAAGAUGCAAAGGAUCCUUCAAAAUGUUUACCGUAUGAAGCAGUUAAAUAUUGUAUAAGUGCGUGCUUUUUUGCCAUUUUAUGGGGUCAACUUCAAGUGAUGGAUGCGGAUUCGGGUAGUCGUGGUGAGGACGAAUGUCGGCAAUUAAAAGAACGCUUGCAUUCAUUUAUGGGUUCGAUGCGUCAUUUUGUCACUGUGUCUUCGGAUGAUAGUACUGAAAAUACUAAUACGCGAUCGCAAAUCUUGAGAGAAGAAGCAUAUAAUACGAUGUGUGAUUUAUUAGUAGUGUUUUGCAAUCAACUUACUUCUCAUAAUGAUCCUUUGAUGCAUCAGUUAGUUUAUGAGCCUGAUCCAGCAAUACAGAAUAUGCUCAACAGAUUUAUACAGGAAUAUGUCUUUUUUGAAGAAGAAGAUGAUGAACACGAUGAACACUCAAAAAUUGAAGAAUUGCAUAAACGAAGAAAUUUUUUAGCUAGUUAUUGCAAAUUAAUUGUGUAUAAUAUGAUUCCUACAAAAGCCGCGGCUGAUGUAUUUAAACACUAUGUUAAAUAUUACAACGAUUAUGGUGAUAUUAUUAAAACUACGUUAGGAAAAGCAAGAGACAUUAACAAAACAAAUUGCGCGCUAACAAUGCAACAAAGCUUAAAUAUUUUAUACAGCGAGAUAGUGGCUGAGAAAGGCAAAGUAAACAGAAACAGUGAAGAGUUUACCGCAAUCAAGGAACUUGCAAAACGAUUUGCUUUAUCCUUUGGUUUAGAUGCCGUAAAAAAUCGUGAAGCAAUUACGGCUUUGCAUCGUGCAGGCGUAUUAUUUGCUAUAACUCCACCGGACGGUGUUGAACAGGAUCCUACAGGUCCUCCACCGAAUUUACCAUUUCUCGAGAUACUAUCAGAAUUUACAAAUAAACUUCUCAAACAGGAUAAACGUGUUGUACUCAACUUUCUAGACCGACGAUUGCAAGCUGGAAUGCCAUCUUCACGAGGAGAAGAUUGGCAACCUUUAUUAUUAUACAGAAAUAGUUUAUUACACGGUGAAACCGAUCAAGUGCCGGUGACCAUUAAACGAGCUUACACGAGGCGCAAAAGAGAUCAUUUAGCCGAGGAAGAAGAAGCCGAUGAACCUGAUGAAGGUUCUGAUCAUGAGUUUGCAGGAUAUUACCUGUUAUUAUAGAUACUAACGUAAUAUACUAAAUAGUUACACAUAUAGCUAUUUAAAAUUAUAUAAAACAGAAUUAGCAACAACAAAUAUCUCGAUUUCUGCAACAUAUAAAAUUAACUGUUUAUCUUCACUUAUUUUUACAAUGUAAACUGUAUAGAAAGUAUUUUAUAAAAUUAAAGCACAGAUAAUUUUAUGCAUAUUAAAGAAGCUUAUAUAUUUGCGUUUCUUUUUUUGCUAUAAAAUAUUAUUGAUGUUUUUAAAUUUGUACAAGUUGAUAGUAGUUAUGUUACUGAUGUUUGCAAUAGUUUUUUACAUUUCUAUUAUCUCUCUAUAUUAUUAAUAUUUUUAUGAAAUUUUAAUGUUACUCUCUUUUGAAUGAAAAAAAUGAACUGUUCACAGGAACUUCAUAUGUAAUAUUAAAAGUUCUUAAAUAAUCGUGUGCGUACGUGUGCCUACCAUACAUACAUACACACAUAUAAUUAUUAUACAAUUUUCAAAUAUUAAAGUUUGAGUAUUACUGGACAAGUAAAUAUUUUUUAAAUAAAACAAACAUUAUUUACGAUCUUGUGUUAUACAAUUCAAUUGCAUGUUUAUAUUUUAUAUCUAUAUAUCAUCAAUUUACUAUUAUCAAUUUAAGUUUUUAAAUAAAAGUUUACUAUUUUUCUAUUUUUAACACGUUGAGUGCCGUAAGGGUUACCGGUGACCGGCGAUGCCAAUCUUAAUAAAAACACAUAAUUCAAGUGAAUGACAAUACUUUAAACAUUUUUACUAUUAUUAUCGUUAUUACAAAACUGUAAAAAAAACUAAUGCACUAUAAAACAAAAAUAUUUUUAUUUAAAAUCAUACACGUUAUACGCGCAUGUUGCAAUGUGAAUUUUCUUCACAUCCGAAACUUUCUUCACUAUCCGAUAGUAUUCGACAGCGUUUAUAAUGGUGAAAGCGAAUCGUUAGAUGAAUUACUUGAAACACUAUCUUCGUUUGACGACAUAUUAAUUUUAAGGGCUAUUUAAAUAUUAAAAAUAGGAAAUAAAAUGCAAAAAUUAAUGUAGUGUGUAGAAAUAUAACGGAUAUCAUUACUUGAUAGUUCAACAAUCAAAGAAUGAGCAAAGUAAAAACCAAUUGAGACAACCGACUUUUAAAGUAAACAAUAAAUGAAACAUAGCGUGAGAUCGAAAAAACGCAUCACAGCGCCGUGGGGGUCAUUAGUGACCCUUAGUAAAAUAAAUGCAUAAAACAUGAUAAUGUAGUUCAACUUAGAUGUUGUACAUAAUAUUUUACAAUAAUAUGCAUCGCAUAGCAAAAAAUUCAUUCCGGCGCUGUGGACGUCACGUAAAAUUGGCGCGGCACUUAACGUGUUAAAUAAAAAUUUUAUAUUUUUUCUACGUAUUUGCAUGAGUAGUAAGUUUUUAAAUAAAUUCCUUGUUACAGGCAACUUAAUUAAUAUAGAAAGAGAAUAGGGCUUCUAAGCGUUCGAGUAUCCAUAUAUCCGAGAUUACGAUUUGUGAAAACUCAAAUCCGCAUUAGUUAGAAUAUUUUUGUAAUUUAUGUUAGAAAAUGUUAUUGGCAAAAUUAAUAUUCGAAUCUCCGGAUAUUCGGAUAGUGUCAGAUUUGAGCACAUUUUGAAGUCCUAGAGUAUAAUGUAUAACAAAUCAAAUAUAUAAAAAGUACAUCUGUGUGGAACAAAUAUAUGAUACAUUCUUAGUCUUUCUAUUACAUAUAUUUAUAAAAUUUGAUUGUUUAAAUAAAGCAGAUAUUAAAAUGUGUGUGUUGUAUAUAAUAGUUUUAAAAAAAUCUAUAAUAGUACAAAAAAUAUCUUAUUUUUGUUCCACUACGUAUACUUUGAUAUACAAAAUGUCUUAUUUUAGUCUGUUAUCUCAAAAACUUAGUUUUUUUCAAACAUUUUAGAAAAAAAUGUUUCAUGCAAUGUUGUAUUGUUUGAAAGAGGUAAUGUAAUAACAAAAUUAAUUUUCGAAAAAAUCAUUUUUUUGAAGUUAUGUGAAAAAAUUAGUUUCUAGUUUUUAAAUAGAAUAUCAUAUAUUUGAUAGCAGAUUCUUAUAGCUGAUAUCGAGAUGUUUCGAAAGUAAUUGCUACUGUAAACUAUAUUUCUUUCAUAGACUUAAAACUAUAGACUAAAAAUUGCGGAGUAACGAGCUUGCGAGAUUUACAGAUCUAACUAACUGCGUAAGACGAUAACUUUCGCGCGCAGUCUGCGUCAAUAUGUUUGUUUUUAAUUGUGUAUACCUCGUAUAUACAAUGUUACAUACGUAAUGGCUUACUUCACGUAUCAUUUAGCGUCGCAGUGACGUCACGGCACUUUUUUUUGCAUUGUUGCAUUGUCGGUCGCCGUUUUCAUUGUCUGUAUUUAUAUGUCUAUGAUUUCUAUUAAGAACUUGUGAAGAUAUAAAACGAAUUUUCCAAUAGUAACGAUAUUACAAUUACGCAAAGUAUUAGAGAUUACAUAAUCAAAUUAUAACUGCGUACAUGUCACAAUACAGAUCAGUUCCACAAUAUAUAUAGAAUCCUAGCUAUCAUAUGUCUUAUUGCGUGAAUACGCACAUAUGCAGAGAUAUAAUCUGAUCAUGUCGAAACUUUCGCGUGAUAUUUUGAAUUGUCAUUAUUGGAAAAUUUGUUUUAGAUUUUCGCGGAUUUUCAAAAAAAAAAAAAAAAAUACAAAAAUGCAGGUUAUUAUAUAAGGUUUUGGAAAUGUUUCACCAUGAGUUACAAGAAUAUGCUAUCAAAAACAUUAAAUUUUUCUAUUUAAAGAGUUGUCUACAGAGUCGCAAAUCGAUUCCACGCAACGAAUUGGUUUAAUCUUUUCUGUAACCUGCGAGAACGUUUUGUAUUCUUAGCGUCUGCGACUUAUGUAGACGUCACUUCAAAAAAGAUAAAAACUGUCAUAUUAGAGCCUGGACAUUUGUCGCGUAUCGCCGCGACACGCGACAAAAUUAUAUUAUUUUAAAUGGAUGACACACAAUGCGUGGCGUGUCCAUCCUUUUAAAAUAAUGUAUUUCGACUGUCGCGCUGCUGACACGCGACAAGUGUAUCCAUGAUCUAUAAUUUUUGCCUGUAACAUUUUUUCUGAAACAAAAAAUAAAUUUUUGGGAAUGAUAGACUUAAAUGAGACUAUGUGUAUGUGUAAUA